AUGGCACCUAGCAAGCGUAAGGCUGAGCAACCACCAGUGGAGGCGACGGGGAGGGUAACUCGGUCGUCGGCGAAACUCGCCGCCGCUGGAUUGAAAACCGCACCUGUUGUAGAGGUGCCGGAGAAGAAGAAGGAGACGAAGAAGCCGAAGGGGAAGAAGCAGAAGAAGGAGGAAGUAGUAGCCGAAGUUAAUGGUGGUGCUCCUGUUACUGAUAAAGGGACUGUUGUAGAACCUUCUAGAAAGACAAUCGUUAUUGAGCAUUGGUACUUUCCUCAAGGUAUUGACAUAUAUUUUGAGCUUGUUGGGGGCAAAAUGCUAGAUGCAGUUCUUAUGAACAUGAGAGUGCAUGGUAGAAUUGCAGUGUGUGGAAUGAUAUCUCAAUACACAAAGGAGGAACAUGAAGGAAUUAAAAACACAGCAUGUCUUAUUUAUAAAAGGAUUCGCAUGCAAGGGUUCAAUGUGGUUGACUAUUAUCCACUCUAUCCCAAAUUCUUGGAGUUCUUGCUGCCUCAAAUCAGAAAUGGUGAAAUAUCAUGUGUGGAAGACAUAGUUGGGGGCCUUGAGAAUGGGGCUGCUGCCUUAGUUAGAGUUUUCAAUGGCCACAACAUUGGAAAGCAAGUGCUUUCACUUAUAAACGAUGAUGAGUAG